AUGCCCAGGCCGCAGGAGCCGACCCCUGCCCUCCGCCCUCUUGCCAGCCCCGCGGCGGAGCGCCGGGGAGCCCCCAGCGCCGCUGCCCUUCCCCCUUGCCCCCUUCCCUUCCCUGCCGCUUUGACGCCCGGGCCGCUCCCAGCCGCGCCGAGACACCGGAGCCGCCCUGCCCGGCGCGCCCCGCCCCGCCGCAAGCCAUUGGUCGGGAGCGGCCGCUGCCGGCCGCGGAUUGGUCGGGAGUGGCUGGGGGCGCAGCGGCGGUCGCCAAUGAAAGGCGGCGGGCGAGGCGGCGGGGCCCGAGCGGCGGCGGGAGCGGAGCGGAGCGGGAUGGAGCCGAGCGCAGGGCUGCAGGAGGUGGGUCCGGCCGGGGGGACGGGGCGAGGGACGGAACGACCGACGGACAGCCAGUCAGUCCGGGCAGGGCAGGCGGCAGCCGGGGAGCGGCUGCGUGCGAGGGCUGUGUGCGGAGCGGGAGCGGCUGCGCACCUGGGAGCUGCGGGCACCGGCGCGGCUGGGAGGUUGCAGCUGGUUUGGGGUUUCCCCCUCAACAUCCCCGCAGCUGCCCCCAGCCUGCGCUGCGAGCGCUCAGAGCGGCUGAGGAACGGGGUAGCCAAAGCGCUGCCGGGGCGGGCUGCGCCCUGCCUGCGCUGCCGCGGGACCUGCCCGGGCUUCGAGCCGCACUCCUGGAGGAAGAUCUGCAGGUGCUGCAAGUGCAGCCAGGAGGAGCACAGCCUGAGCUCGGAGCUGGAGGAGGACCUGAAGGUGGGGAGGCUGCUGAGUGGCUCCAGGUACUCCUGGCUGACCACCCGGGCCAAGGGCUGCGGGGGGCUGCGGCUCUACAAGCGCAACCGCAUGAUCGUCACCAACCCCAUCGUGACGCGCAAGGACCCCUCCUUCCACACCAUCACCUACGAGUGGGCGCCUCCAGGCCUCACCCAGAAGCUGGCCACGCAGUACAUGGAGCUGAUCCCCGCGGAGCUGCAGCCGGUGGCGGGCACGGCCGGGGCGCUGCAGCGGCGGCGCCAGCUGGCCAGGCAGCUGCCCCUGCACGACCAGGACCCGGCCCAGUGCCGCGGGCUGGCCCCGGGGGAGCUGCAGCUGAUGGAGGACUUCGUGGGCAAGUACAAGGCUGAGGCCCUGGGCGUGGGCGAGGUGGCACUGCCCGGCCAGGCCGGCGGCAAGGAGCAAGGGAAGGCUCAGGACGAGAGCGCCGCCGCCCCCGAGCCCCCCGAGGCCACCAACGGGGCCCUGGAGCCUGCCCCCGCCGCAGCACACUACCGCUGCGCGGGCUGCCAGCAGGCGGUGCCCGGCGACUGCCCGGUGGUGUACGCCGACCGCGCCGGCUACAGCCGGCUCUGGCACCCUGCCUGCUUCGUCUGCUGCCGCUGCGCCCAGCCCCUGGUGGACCUCAUCUACUUCUGGAAGGGAGGAGCGGCCUGGUGCGGGCGGCACUACUGCGAGAGCCUGCGGCCGCGCUGCGCCGCCUGCGACGAGAUCAUCUUCUCAGAGGACUACCAGCAGGUGGAGGGCAUGGCCUGGCACAAGGAGCACUUUGCCUGCCUGGAGUGUGAGACGCUGCUGGGCAGCCAGCCCUUCGUGCUGGCCGAGGGCAGCCUCCUGUGCACCACCUGCAGCCGCAGCAAGCAGCUCUGAGCCGGCCCCAGCUGCCUGCAGGG